UCAUUUGGACACUGCCGCUUCCCUGGGCAUGGCCAUCCAGAUCUGUGGCAUACCCCCUUUGAUGUGCACAUGGAAUCCCCCAGACACCCCAUGAGGCAUCUCCCUGCACGCCCCUUGACCCACACGGUGCCCUCGCUGCGUAGGGUUCCGGCGAGGCCUGGGAGGCGGCGGGGCAUUGAUAAGUGAGGGCACCAUGGGGUGGAAGCAGUAAGGAACAAAGUCCCAGUCGUUCAAGGGCAGGCCGAAGCAGCAACCAGCAGCCUGCACGCGCACACGCAUACGCAGAGAGACAGACAUCCAUAUCGAUUCACGCCCCACCUCUCACACCCUCCAUCAUACCAUGCAUGCGUCAGCGCUUGGUUGCGAGGCUUCUCCAGGUGAGGGUCCGCAUGGCAAUUUCAGUUCGUCGGGUCCCACGCAAGCCAGAGGGUUGACGAAGGGUGCGAGGGGCGUCUCUGCUCGAACCAGCUCCUCGCGCGUAUGAUUGCGCGGCUUCUGGGAAGGCGGGAGGAAAGGCUCGAAGGCUGAACCCUCAGACUCACUCUGAGAGGCCAUCGACUCGCCCUUGGCCACGGCGAUGGUGCGCAGCAUGUAGUCGCGCUUCGUCUCAUUGGUUGUCAGCGCCUGACCUUCCCAGGUGGCCUCACGCACUGCAGAAGAGGUCUGGAGGAAGGCUGCCGGCGGAGUGGAGAUUGGUGUGUUGUUGAUAUUGCUGAAGAAGGCGAGGACAGCAGAGCCACGGAGCUUCAGAAGGUCGCAGAAAUAGCGCUGUCCCCGGAAGGCUUGCGGAAUGUUGUCCGGCGGGAGGUUGAUGUCGAAGCUCCGCCCGUCUCCAAUAUUAGCGGUCACCACCAGCACACGCUCGCCGCGCGCGAAGAAGUAGAUUUCGUUCAAUACCUGAAUAAGGAAGGAGAUAGAUAACCUUGACAGACAAGAGCCCAUCAGAGGGCCCUCUGUCUUGGUCACUGACCCAGAGCUCUCUUUGCGCCCCAUCGAAGACGCCCAGGGUGCGGAGGAGGUUGAGUCGAGCAAGGAAGUGAUAUAAGGGAUGCUCUGUGUUGUAUCCGACCUUCCACAAGGCCUCGCGGCGACGGUUAUCGUCACCAUAACUAGCGUCGGGGCCUACACAUAUACAUGAAUAGGACCUCACCUCCUCGCUCCUGACAGCGAGUGUCUGUCGUCUUCACUCACUCACUUUGCGUCAUGCCCUGCUCCGUGCCAUAGUAGAUGAUCGGGACCCCGGUGGUGGUGAGGACGAAGGUGAGGGCGUUCUGAUAGAGAGUGUGAGAAGGCUCGUGCAGGAGAAAGCGGUCCUGGUCGUGGCAGUCGAUGAACACACCCAAGCUAGCCACAUCCCUGAGGCGAGUGAGCCAGCCGUCGACCAAAUGAUGAAUGGCUGCCAACACCCUAUCCAUCAUCUGUUCUCCUCGCUUGCUCACCUGAAGGUGUCUUGGAUUUGUCUGAGGAUGUUGGCCACCCCCCAGAGGGACUGACGGCGCUGGAAGGAGUUGAUCAACGCCCAAUACAAAGGGUAGUUCAGAACCUGUGGGGCCACAGACACCAUCAGAUGUGAUGUUCAUCCAUGCUUCCGUUCCUCCUUCCGCCCCUCCCUCCAUUCCUUACGGCAUCGAGCACGCGGCCGCCAUCGUGCUCAUCGUAUUGGUAUUUGGCAAAGUAGCUCAAGGCCCUGCCGCCAAUAAGCACUUCGCCUAGCGUGUAGGUGCCCGGGAGCCUCUGCACCAUCCUCUGCCAAAACCACUUGGGCACUGAUCGAGGGACGGAUGGAAACAGGGAGAGAGAGGAAAGGUCAAUCAAGCUACUCGACUACAGUGAGUAAGGAACAAUGUACUCUGUCGCUGACCAUAGGGCGUCGUGUCGAUCCGCAGACCAUCGAAGCCAAAGCGGUCGACUUGUUGAGCCACCCAGUCGAUGAGGAAAUCCUGGACGAACCAGUCCUCUGUGUUGAGGUCAGGCAGGUUGACGAGCCAGCUGCAUGCAUGCACCACACCGAGGGAUGACAAAAAAGACACUCCAUAGUUCCUCUCCUUCAGCUGAUGGUCUUAGUGACAAGUUCGCACCAUCUUUCUAUGGACUCUUGUCUGUUCCAGUCGAUCUGGCAGGGUGGAUGGUAGUGUUCCCUGCGAUCGAAAGGCCAGGAGCUGGGGGGACUGGCGUUAUAAACACCAGGGCCGUUGUGGUUGGCCACGAUGUCCAACAUCACCCAAAUGUCUUCGGAGUGCAACUGGUCAGUCAUUCUCUUCAGCUCAUCGCCGUUAGCAUCGCCGAAAAAGGUGUUGUAUCUGUUCCAAUCCUUCGUCCAGUAGCCUGCGGCCGGAGAGGCAUCCACACUUCCUUCGUCAGUUUCCGCUGGUAUCGUUCGUUACUCUUACCGUGGUAGCCACAAGGGAUUUGACCAGGGAUAGGCGAGAUCCAGAGAGCAUUGAAGUUCAUACCUUUGAUGUAGUCGAGCUUCGAGAGGAUGCCCUCAUACGUGCCUCCACAGUAAUUGCCCCACUGGCAAUGACCACUGUUGCACGAGUCGCCCGUUGCAUCAGGAUCGCGGGCAAAGCGGUCAGUCAGCACUUGAUAGAUCACUCGUCGCGAGGUCCAUUGAUCGUGGGGGGCGCCACUCGCACAAAACAGUGCCGUCAAAAACACCAGAGCGAGUGAACCUCUCCCUUGAAGUCCCAU